AUGAUGAUUAUCGAUUUAAAUGAUUUACCUGAUGAAGUUCUUUUCUAUUCGAACGAUCAAUUUUACAAGUUUAUAGAGGAUUGUUUAGGUGUCGAUGAAAUGAAUUUACUGAAAAUACAAUCAAUUAAAAACAUUCGAACAUUGUUAAAUGUACCAGAUGUUUUUGCUAUAUUUAGUGUUAAUUGUAAAGAACUUGUUGAUCUUAAAAAUAGUAUUUGUUUUGUCGAUGAAGACAAUAAUAAAAACAUUAUGGUUAAGUCAGGAAUCAAAGCUGGUAUCGAUAAUUUAAUAGCAACACUUAAAGAGAAGAGCAACAAAUAUAUUAAACGAAAAAAAAACUUCAAAUCAUCAUCAUCAUUAUCGUCCGCAACAAAUCGUCCUAAUUCCAAUACAUCUUUAUCAAAUAUAAUGAUUUCUGAUUCUGUCGAUUCAUCGUUAACAUCAACACCAGCAAUAGCACUUAAUUUAUUCCCAAUCAAUGAUUACAUCGAUUUGAUUUCCAAUAGUAUCGAAAAAUUUUCUAUAAAUACUUUUACAAAUAUAAUUUUAAAAAACAACGUUGAUUAUACUAUAUUUUUAACUUUAUUAGAUGCGAACAUAGAUGGACAAAUAAAGUGUGGUUGUAGUGCAAUAAUUAAGCUUGGUUUUCGUCUAAAUCGUAAUUCAUUUCAACUGUCUUCGUAUUUCAAACAUCUAAAGACUAGUCAUUGUUCUAUGAUAAAAAAAAAGAAACAAGUAUUUAUUCAAAAUUUAAAUAAAAACGAUAAAUUAUUAGACGAUUUGUUGCAAAACAAAACUUUUCGUGAUAUGAACGAUUGCAAUGAUUUCGACGAAGAAAGCUUGAAUGAUGAUAAUGAUAGUUCUCAAAUUGCUACUAACACCUCAAUCUCAAGCAACUCUUGUUCUAUUAGUAAAAAACGACCAACAUCAUCAUCAUCAUCGAACACUACAAAGAAAAAAGCAUAA